AAAGUAAAUCUGAAAGGUUACUCUAUCUACUCACUUAUGGACUCCUUUGAGUGGACUACUGGAUAUAUAAAGCGGUUUGGUCUUCACCAUGUGGAUUUCAAUAAUCCUACCCGUCCAAGGACUGCAAAACGCACGGCUAUUUACUACGCUGAAGUUAUCAGGAACAAUGGCAUCCCCAUGCACAAAGAAGAGGAAUUUCUGUAUGGAGAAUUCCGGGAUGACUUUGCUUGGGGUGUAGCUUCCUCAGCUUUUCAGAUUGAAGGGGCCUGGAGGGCCGAUGGGAAAGGGUUAAGCAUCUGGGAUCAGUUUUCUCAUACACCAAAUAAAAUUGAAGAUGAUAGUAAUGGAGACGUGGCAUGCAACACCUACUACCGGAUUGACGAGGACAUCGAGCUUCUCAAGGGUCUUAAUGUCUCCCAUUACCGAUUCUCCAUCUCCUGGCCUAGAGUUCUUCCCGAUGGGACUAGGAACCACAUCAAUGAAGCCGGUCUGAGUUACUACUCUCGGCUGAUAGACGGUUUGCUGGCUGCUGGUAUUACACCACAGGUCACGAUUUAUCAUUGGGAUCUUCCUCAAGCUUUGCAAAACGACGGGGGUUGGGAGAAUGAGACAAUCGUAGACCGGUUCAAGGACUACGCUGAAGUUCUUUUCCAGAGACUGGGUGACAGAGUGAAGUUCUGGAUCACUCUGAAUGAGCCGUACAUCAUUGCCCACCUGGGCUAUGGAGAAGGAGCCUUUGCACCAGGAAUCUAUUCACCAGGGAUUGGCGUAUACCUGGCAGGACAUAACCUGAUAAAAGCCCAUGCAGAAGUAUGGCACCUGUACAAUGAUAAGUACAGAGCCUCUCAGGGGGGUCUUAUCUCCAUCACCCUCAACUGUGAUUGGACUGAACCAAUUAAUCCUUACAAACAAGUGGACACAGAAGCAGCAUGGCGGUACCUGAUGUUUUUCGGUGGGUGGUUUGGACAUCCUGUCUUUAAAACUGGAGACUACCCAGAAGUUAUGAAGACCAAUGUACGUGAGAGAAGUCUUGCUGUGGGGCUGCCCCAAAGCCGCUGUAAAGUACGAUGGUGUUGA